AUGAAGUGCUGUUUUGAAAAUCGCAAUAUUCCAUAUAUUCCAUAUCGCAAUAUUAUUCUGAUUUGUUGGACUAAUUUAUUUUUAUUUCUGCUCUCUUCACUUAUAGCCACCACCACACACGCACAGGUCGUCGACACAGAGCCACGAUCGAUCACAGUGGUCGAGAACCAGGAAAAUGUUGAGCUUCACUGUCGGAUAGGCCGUCCGGCCCAACUUUGCCUCAUACGGAUGCCCGGCCUCAAUGAUCAGAUUGCGCUGAGUCCGACGGAAAAGUCGCCCGUUGCCGGCUAUCACUACCACGGCGAAGGGCUGGACAAGGGCUCGUGCGGUGUGCGCAUCGACCGUGUCACUGCCGACAAUGCGGGACUCAUGAACUGCACACUGUUCGUGGACGGACGAGGGCUGACCGGCUCGAUCGAGAUUGUAGUAGCAUUCCCACCGCAACAGCCCGUGAUUGAGGUGGUGCAGGGCAAUUUGGCCAACGUGGAAGUGAACAGUCAGCUGAUGUUCCGAUGCACGGCGGAACGCGGCAACCCGGCAGCAAACCUGUCCUGGUUUUUGGACCAGGAACAGAUCUACGAGGGCGUACAGUUCCCGGAAGCGCCGGAGGAGUACUAUGACGAGCGCUCCAACAAGCAUAUGUUCACCGCGACCUCCACCCUGAAGCGCGCCGUUCGUGCGGAAGACAAUGGCAAACGCUUGACCUGCCAGGCACAGCAUCUCGCCUAUCCGGAAGGUGUUUCGCGCACGGAUCUCAUCCUGGACGUAAACUUCCAACCACAAGCCCUGCCCGAUCAGGUCGUCUACGGACUGCAGCUGGGACGUACGGCUACGGCAAGCAUGGUCAUCAAGGCGAACCCGUCGCCCCACGUCAUGUGGAACAUUGACGGCACGGACUACCAUCAAGGCACGGAGCAGGGCCGGUACGCGGUACCGAUUCCGGAAGCUCUGGGUAACAAUCGCUACAACGUCUCGCUCACCAUCGCCGGCCUGACGCUGGAAGAUCUGUCCAAAACGUACGUGCUGCGCGCCUCCAACAACUUCGGCGUGGAAGAGUACCGCCUCACCCUGCGCUCGCAGGACGAAGUGUUCAGCGAGUCGAGCAGCUUCGGCACUGGCGAGAUCGUCGGGCUCGUGCUGGCCGUCGUGAUCGUGCUGCUCGCCAUUGCGCUGAUCGUGGGAGCCCGUGCAACCGGCAGAUGGUGCUUCCGUGGCAAAAACAGCUCCACCUCUACCAGUGCAGCGAAAAUCGGUGAAACUAGCGACACCGAAAGUGCCGAAGUGAAGCAACCGAUGACGAAAACCCAGCGCCUGAAGAACAUUUUCGCCAAACGCUUGCAGCGUGGAGGUGGUGCCGGAACGAACGAACUGCCUGAAGAAAUCGUCACCACCCCGGACGUAGCGGCCGUCGACGAGCAGGACACGAAGCCGUCCGAUGGAGCGGGUAAACCGGCAAAGGACGAUCAAACGCUGGUGUACGCCGAGCUGGAGCUAAAACCGGCCGCCGGGGAGAUCUCAUUCGUCAACAAACCGCCGGCCGCCGUCAGCAACGAGUCGACCGAGUAUGCCGAAAUUAUGUACAUCCAGCAGCAGGCCAACGCAACGGCCGGAAGCGAAGCAACGCAGCAGCAGCAGCAGCCUCAGCAGCAACCGCAGCAGCGUCACCAUUCGAGCGAAGACAACCGUCCCGUGAUCGACGUUAGCAUCCAGAAACCGAGCGCCAAAGGCGACGGUGGCAAGGCACCACCGGCCGGGGGCAAAUAAUCUGCUCGAAACCUCGCCGAAUAACGGGGGGGAAAAGCAGCCUACAGGAGGCAUAGCAAGCAGUACUCCUCCUCUGUGUCGAAUGAGGAGGAACAAUAAGGCACGUUUUGCACUUAACUUCAUUCAUCGUUUCACACUGUGUGUCCCCCCAUUUUUUGUUCGUCAUACAAUCAUUUCCAUUUCAUUUAAACACUCGACGGUUUUAGUUAACUUUAUGGCAGCAGGGUUUAGAAUUGAAAACCGCGCAGCAGGCACGCUCGUCACAGUUGUAGUGGAAGAAGAAGCAGGGCACACCGAAAAAGAAGGCGUUUAGAGGUUAAGUUAGUUGUGAGCGAAUUUAAGAAUUUAAUAAUGAAGCGAACGUUUGCGAGAAAGACAUACAUACACACCAUAUCGUUCUAAGAUUUCCUUAGCUCUGACUUUUACGAGUAAAACCCCCCGCAAAUGGAUUAGGAGAUUGCUAGGUUGGGAUAAAUUUUAUAAAAUAGUUCUUUUGUAUACAGGGUACGAAUUGAAAUAUAGGAACGUAUGAGAAACCCCGCGAGAGGUUUUUUUAUAU